AUGGGACAGACUUUUAAUGUUUCGACUCGAAGUGGAGCAUGUAAGGUUUGCAAGCUCCUAAUCACGGACUCGCGGCAAUCGGCAAAGAGUUGUGAAUGUGGCACCCAAAGUACGGAUAGCCGAGCUAUUUCACAAGAAGCUGUCGCACUCCAGAGUGUCGGCAUAUCGAAACAAUCGUUUAACAUGAAAGUGGGCAACCCCGUCUCGGACUACCACCAGCAACAAAAUCCUCAGUGGUCUGCUACACUUGCAGAUAAGGCACCGAACGAUGCGUCUAGGCGAGGCGAGGUCGUAGAAUCAUUAGAUGCAAAUACGAACGCGAUCGCAAGAUGGAUGAACGUUCACGCAGCAUUGUCUGCUCUGUGGACGGAAGCUGCUCGACUCCACGCGGAGGAUCAACGUCUUUUUGACAGAAUUCAUCAAAUUUCGAGUGCUGUGGCACAGAAAGACUCGACGCUUGGAUUUCAACGACGCGUUUGUUAUCGUUCACGACCUUCGUCACCGGACUACUACAAACCGCGUUUGUAG